UGACAGAGGUCCCUCUCCAUGCUCAGGAGGGAGGAUGGUUCCUGAGGGCUUUUCCUGCUCCCCUCAGAGCCCUGGCUCUGCAGGAUGGGCCUGAGCUCCUCCAGGGUGACCAGGGUGGCCCCGGUGCCCACCCAGGGGGAUGUGCCCGCUCUGGGUGCCCUGCGGGGGCUGCCCACAGAGCCAGGCCAGGCCCCAGCCUGGGGAAAACCAAUAUUCCAGCUGGAACUGCCUCCUCUGAGGGAGACCUGGUACGGGAGAGCCGCGGCAGGGCCCCUCUCCUGGAACACCUUGCCGGGACAGGAUGGGACCAGCAUCAUCAAGCAGCACCCACCUCGAAGGCCUCAGAGGCUUGAACCUGCCAUCCCUCCCCAAGCAAUCGCUCCUGCGAAGCCCUGGAGUCGGCCAGCUGUGGCUGCAAGCCCAAAACCAAAGGUGCUGGAGAAGAAGGGGCAAGGCCUGAAUCCCCUCCCUGGCAGGAGGCAGCACUUGCACAAGCUUCGGAUGCUGGACUUGACCCGCAAGCGACGAGAGGCGGAGCUGAAGAGGAAUCUCCACAGGGAGGCGAAAAUCAAUAAGCAAAACAUCAAGGAAUUGAGCCCCAGGGAUGUCCUUGGCACUCCCCAGAGAGGUGACAGCCCCGGCAGCCCGGACCCCAUCCCUGCUGGGCACAAUCAGCGCUCUCCUGAAGACGACCCUGGACUCUGCAGGGCUGAACCCUCUCCAGGCAGGAGGGGGAAGGUUGACCUGUGGUUCUGCAGGGAGCCACGGACCAGGGAUCUGUUCUGGGACUCCUCCAGCACAGACUCAGAGGAGUGGGAAGAGAGGAUUCACCGCAAACCCACGCUCGUGAGGACCAAGACAGAGAGAAUUUCCCUCUUUGAUGACUUCUUUGACAGGGAUUUCUAGUGGCAUGUGCCAAAGAAAUGAGCCCCAGCUCUGGAGGGCUGGAACCCCCCAGAUGGAGGGGAUGGGGCUGGAGACAGUGAGUGUGGAGUGUCACAGACACAUUUUAUGAAAAAUCCUUUCCUUAGGAUUUUUCCUCCUGAGAAGCUGGGAGGCCUCAGGAACAAAAUGUAAACAAUGGUUAUCUGCUGCUGUGGAAUGCAACAGGUGCAUCUGGGAUUGGUCUCAUGUGGUUGUUUCUGAUUAACGGCCAAUCACAGUCAGCUGGCUCGGACAGAGAGCCGAGCCACAAACCUUUGUUAUUAUUCCUUCUUUUUCUAUUCUUAGCUAGUGUUCUGAGGAAAUCCUUUUCUUCUACUCUUUUAGUAUAGUUUUAAUGUAAUAUAUAUAAUAAAAUAACAAAUCAAGCCUUCUGAAA